AUGCUGGGAGUGAAAUCGAUCUUUUCCUGGUCCAAAGCGUUGAGAGUCUUGGAACGCUGUCUUGUGAUUUUAUCCGAGUCUGGCGACUCUGUGACCGGAUCGGAAUUGCCUGUAGACGACACCACUGAGCUGGAGGACUCCUGGCGCAAUUCGGGCUGUUCCAGAGAGGAGGAGUUUGAUUUCAACGACCGCAAGGGCGGCGCCGAGUUGGGCGUUGAUAUGGGCGAGUCUGCAAAAGAGCCCUCGGACGAUUUCAACGAGGGCGACGUGAACCGUUGCGGCAAGAGCCAUGACACGGGUCGUUCACGGGAACGGGCUCGCACAGACGGCUUGAUCUUAGACUUGAUCGACCCCCACGAGCUUUUCCGGGAAUGGUGCUCCUGA